AUGUCCCCGGAAUAUGCACAACAGAACAAAGGUCCUCGAAUCCUAGCCGUGUUCUGGUCGCUAACCGCUCUGACCUUGGUGGUGGUCAUAAUUCGACUUUUCAUUCGAAUAAGGAUAUUGCGCAACACAGGUUUAGAUGACUGGCUGAUUUUGGCUUCGGUGCUUUCCACUACUGCAUUUACGGCUGUGACUACCGUCAACGUCUCCCUUGGAUAUGGUCAACAUGCGGACGUGAUUGGUUCCGACAAAAUCGAUCGCAUUCUUCUUCUAAACAAUGUCGACUUUAUGUUCGGUAUCAUGUCAUUUUGCCUCCCCAAGCUCGCUAUUGUGGCAUUAUUGGAUCGACUCUUUCAGAUGAAAAGAACCCAUCAAAUCAUGCUGUGGGGGUUAACAGGUACGGUGUUCGUGGUGUCUUGCGUUACAGUCGUCAUUAUUUGGACCAUGUGUGACCCUCCAGAGGCACAAUGGAAACCGGAACUCCAACAGCAGGGUGCCAAAUGCCGCAAUCCAUGGAUUCUUGUCAACUAUUCCAUAUUCAAUGGAUCUCUCUCUGCGUUUUCUGAUGUUGUGCUUGGGGUGUAUCCCGCAAUUGUUGUGCUCAAACUGAAGAUGUCUCUGCGAAAGAGGCUGGCUCUAUGCGCAGCACUAGGGAUGGCAACACUAUCUGCGGCAAUGGCUGUUAUCAAAUGCUGUCAGCUCCCUGGCCUUGCCGAUCCUCAAGAUGCUACCUACCGUACUGCAGACCUUGUUAUUUGGACCAGUGUCGAGGCGAACGUGAACAUCCUGGCGUCCUGCAUUCCGACACUGCAGCCUAUUUUCGAAAUGAUGUUUGGAAAGAGCGCUUUGAGAAGUUCCGGAGAUCGCUACAAGGACAGCGCCCAAAACACCAAUUGGAGUACCGGAAAGAGGAUAGCAUAUUGGGGGGAGCGGAAGAGGCUGGAAACCAUGCAUUGGGACAAAUACGACGUCCUGAAAAUGUGGCGACAGGGGGGUAUCACAAUCCUCAUUGAAUGCAAGGCAUGUUUACAUGAAAAGGGAGCACUCGAGUGGUUUGCUACAGGGUUUAACGACCUAUAA